CCGCAGUAUCGUGCAAAAAAGCGUCCCGUCCGGAUCGUUCUCGCGAUCAGUCCGUUCAAUUAUUUGCCCGUCAAAGUGCCCGUGAUCUGCUUUUGACACCUUUUUGAUCAUAGAUCUUGGAGUGAAAAUGGCUUUCCGUGUUCUAUCUCGCGCCGGUAGCCUGCAGCAGCAGCAGCACCAGAUGAAGCUGCUCUCCGACUUGCUGAGCCGCUCGUUCAGCAGUGGCCCCAAAAACGUUGGCUUCAUCGGACUCGGCAAUAUGGGCGGCCCGAUGGCAAGCAACCUGAUGGCGAAGGGACACAAACUGCACGUAUUCGAUAUCUCGAAGGAAGCGAAGGACUCCCUGCAGGCGAAGGGGGCGGUGCCAUACGACAAUGUUGCCGAACUGGCAAAGGCGUCCGAUUUCGUCGUGACGAUGCUGCCGAACAAUGACAUCGUGGCAAACACAUAUGACACCAUCAUCGGGGGUGGCGGCGUGAAGAACCAAACGAUCUUCAUUGACUCCAGCACGAUCGAUCCGAAUGUAGCCAAGGCGGUCCAGAAGAAGGUGAAAGCUGCCGGAGCGACGUUCGUCGAUGCUCCCGUAUCCGGUGGUGUCCCCGGGGCCAAGAAUGCCACACUGACGUUCAUGGUCGGUGGCUCGACCGAGGAGUACCAGGCAGUCAAGGAUUUGUUGGAGGGCAUGGGAAAGAAGAUUACCCACUGCGGCGGGUAUGGCAUGGGACAGGCGGCCAAGGUUUGCAACAACAUGAUGCUGGGCAUCUCGAUGUGCGGUCUGGCGGAAUGCAUGAACCUGGCCAUCCGCCUCGGACUCGACCCCAAAGUGUUCUCCGACAUUGUCAACGCUUCGACUGGCCGUAGCUGGGCGUCGGAGGUGAACAACCCCGUCCCCGGUAUCAUUGCUACUGCACCUGCUGCUAACGGUUAUGCUGGUGGUUUCGCUACCGGGCUUAUCACGAAGGAUCUUGGCAUUGCGUCGGCGGUGGCCACCAGCUCCAACUCGCCGAUUCCGCUCGGUGCGUUGACCCAUCAGAUCUACCGCACGCUGAUGGCGAAGGGACUGGCCAAUAAGGAUUUCUCGGUGGUGUACGACUUCAUCAAGAACAACGAGAAUAAGUGAGUGCGAAUGUUGGGGCUCGCACGUGGUGCACGCCUAGCUGAAGGUGCCCGGUUUGGCCUAGUUUGAUUCGAUGACUGUGCAACAUGUUGUCGAACCACAUACGUUUCCUAAAACAUCGCAAACGUCUUCCAGAGAAUGCAUUUAUGAACGUCAAUAAACAUACAGCUACGUUUAGAUUUUAUUUUGAAACAA